UCCGCCCCUUCAUGGCUGCAUCCCAUCCAGCCGAGCCUCCUCCAGUUGUGGGAGCCACGCACUGAGCAGCGCGAAUGUGGACCCAUUAAGGCAGAACAACCCCAGGAACUUGAGUGGCACCUGGGAGUCUGACAAGGACUUGGGAGAGGUCGCCUGUCAGGGAUCGGGAGCUGCAGCCCUCACAUGGAGUCCCCGGUCCAGAUCUUCCGCGGGGAGCCAGGCCCCACCUGCACCCCAAGUGCUUGCCCACUCCCCAACAGCAGUGCUUGGUUCCCGAACUGGGUAGAAUCGGACAGGAACCGCAGCAUGGACUCAGAAGAGCAGCAACUGGAGACAGCGCACGUUUCCCCUGCCAUCCCUGUCAUAAUCACCGCUGUCUAUUCAGUGGUGUUUGUGGUGGGUUUGGUGGGCAACUCGCUGGUCAUGUUUGUCAUCAUUCGAUACACGAAGAUGAAGACAGCAACCAACAUAUACAUUUUUAACCUGGCUUUGGCAGAUGCUUUGGUUACCACCACCAUGCCCUUCCAGAGCGCUGUCUACUUGAUGAAUUCCUGGCCUUUUGGGGACGUUCUGUGCAAAAUUGUAAUUUCCAUAGACUACUACAACAUGUUCACCAGCAUAUUCACCUUGACGAUGAUGAGUGUGGAUCGCUACAUUGCUGUGUGUCACCCCGUGAAAGCCUUGGAUUUCCGCACACCUUUGAAAGCGAAGAUCAUCAACAUCUGCAUUUGGCUUCUGUCCUCAUCUGUUGGUAUAUCAGCGAUCGUCCUGGGAGGCACUAAAGUUAGGGAAGAUACGGAUGUCAUUGAGUGCUCCUUGCAGUUUCCCGACGAUGACUAUUCCUGGUGGGACCUCUUCAUGAAGAUCUGUGUUUUCAUCUUUGCCUUUGUGAUCCCGGUCCUCAUCAUCAUAGUCUGCUACACCCUGAUGAUCCUGCGCCUGAAGAGUGUCCGACUCCUCUCUGGCUCUCGAGAGAAGGAUCGCAAUCUCCGCAGGAUCACCAAGCUGGUGCUGGUGGUGGUGGCGGUCUUCAUCAUCUGUUGGACCCCCAUUCACAUUUUCAUCCUGGUGGAGGCUCUGGGCAGCACCUCCCACAGCACGGCCGCUCUCUCCAGCUACUACUUCUGCAUUGCUUUGGGCUAUACCAACAGCAGCCUGAAUCCUGUCCUUUAUGCCUUCCUUGAUGAAAACUUCAAGCGCUGUUUUAGGGACUUCUGCUUCCCCAUGAAGGCGCGAAUGGAGCGACAGAGCACCAACAGAGUUAGAAACACAGUUCAGGAUCCUGCUUCUGCAAGGGAUGUGGAUGGAAUGAAUAAGCCUGUAUGACUAGUUGUGGAGAUGUCUUCUUACAGCUCUCUAGGUAGAGAGGAGUUCAAUGAUCUUGGUUUAACCCAGAUUACCACUGCAGUCUAAAAUGGAAAGAUGAGGUAUUUGAUAACAAAGACAUGUCAUGAUCUAAAGUCUUAAAGUCCAGGGUGCAGGAGUGAUCUAGCUGAACAGGGACAGCAAGUCUGAAGAGCACAGGAGGUCCUGGCAACAAUAAUCCUCAUGCCCACGGCAGUGAAGCCAGUCUAAUCCCAAGCCAUUCAUAAACAAAGAUAAGACUCUUCUGGUUCCUUUGGUUUAGUUCACCUCCAGCGGCGUGACCUUCUUAUGCGACGUAGUUCCAAAGCUAUAGAGAAGAAAAUAAAGGAAAAAAGCAAAGCAAACUAAACCAUUGGAUCCAAAGCUUAGUGGACCCCAAAACUACCUGUUAGCACUGGCAGAAACAACCAGUUAGAGUGGGCGCAUGUCAAAGGACAUACCCAGUUCAUACCCUGCUGGGUGGACAUGUCUCAAGUGUGGAAAGAAUGCUUCUUAGGAAGAACUUGGACUCAGACCCAUGCAUAGUGAUAGAGAGCAUCACGCUGACAUCUGUGAACUUGUUUAAAUCUGUGAAUGCUCUUCUCAGCGUGUUUAAUGUCUUGAAAGCUACAGUUUGCUGCUUACGAUCUCUGGGUUUUAGCACGCUAUUCAGGUAGGUAAUCUGAGAAAAGAUGUUAUAAAGUUAAGUAUGAAGCUUAUAUAUGAACAAAGUGUGUAUAGUUUCAUCUGUAAAUAGUUUAUGUGUAAAUAAGAAACAGGCUUCCUGUCCAGCCAGGCAGCCAGGACAAUUCUUAAGGGGGCAGCAGUGAUUCCCCCGGAAGCAUGGAAAAUGGAUGCUGAGCUAUUAUGCUGCGAUGUACGAUUCUCUGGGACUCAGUCAUGUUGUAAUUUCUUCUGAAUUCCUUCAGCAUCGUUUACUCUAUCACUGCUCUUAAACUGGUGUUAAUAAAUCCCCAGACUUUGAAUUCACUCUAAGAUUUUAGUUUUGGUCAAAUCUACUUUGUGAUAACGUCUAUUUGUAAACACACAUCUAUUGCCGGAGUCUCUCCUCAAGUAGAGCAAUUUGUUUGGAUAAUGCUAAUCUUUCGAUAUGUUCUGACUUUCCUCAGAAAGGAGGAUUGCUCCCCAAUGUAUGCUGAAGAAGGAAAUGAGGCUUGAGGUGGCUGAGCACAGCUUGCAUGGCCAUGGCCAUGGGUAAGGGUGUACCUGUGGAGGUUAUUGUCUAAGAAACCUAUUCAGGAUAAUUUUGCUAAAUCUUCCAAAUGACAUAUAAAUUUCCCCUUCUUUAAAACUUAUGGUUCAGAGAUAAUGAAAAAUUUUUUUUUGUAAUUUGAUUUGAAAGAAGAAGCAAAGGAUAAUUUAGAAAUAACAGCUAUUUCUAAGCUUGUACAUGGUUAGGGCCAGCACCCCUUGGCGUCUAAUGGAGCAUCUACCGUGUGGACCUGAGGACUGUAGGCACGGUUCCAUCUCUGAGUUCUAACUGCCAGCUGUUUCACUGCUGCUGUCCCCUCUCUUCCUGGAGACCAAGGCUUGCAUAAAGGCAUGACACACUCUGCAGAGUCACUGCCAUUAUAUUUAUCUCCAUUCAGGACUUUCAUGCUACUGAAUCCAAUGGCGACAUUUUUAAGGGAACUGAAGUGUUCUCAUGAGGGCUUCUGAAAUUUCACUGAAUGCCUAGAUGCCCUGGGAUUCUUUUUUAAUAACACAAAUCUGGAAUUUAUUAAGAAAAUAUAUUAAUGUAGAUUUAAGCAUGGAAGUUAACAGCAGAAGAGACACACGUAAAAGGAAGGGAAGGUCGUAGAGUGGGCACAAACUUCCUUGAAAACUGUUAUCAUUAAAAUGAUGAUGAUGAUGAUGAUGAUAAUGAGAGUGUGCAUCAUGGGAUGCAUAUAGAGGUCAGAGAUAAUUUCCCACAAUUAGCUCUCUCUUUUUUCUUUUAUCAGGGUUCUGGGAAUGGGAACUCAGGCUUACAUUGUCAGGCAUCAUGUGUGUUUACUCACUGAGUUAUCUUGCCAGUCCAAGGCACAUCUUUCUUAAAGAAUCAUUGCCCUUGCAUUCCUAUAACUGAAUAUAUAAAUAAGAAUGACUUUAUUGUUGGUUGACAUUAGCAUUGGUUGUUAUUUUAGUGGGACAUGUAUGUGAACAAAGAAGUUCCAGAAACAAAUACUGGAACUGAAGUAGGCAAUAGAAAUUCUUCUACAGCCCAGAAGGAGCGGGGCUGUUGGAAGAUUCUGCCCAGUACAAAAUGCAAUGUAGUUACCACAUCACCAUGAAAUGGAGUUAUAAUAGUGACCUCUUUAAAUUAACACUCCAUAUGCUCUCCUAAUAUCUGAUUCCUGCAUUUCUUGAUCCCAUGGACGGGAGAUAAGUAGCUUAGCUGCCCUUGAGGUGUAUUGUGAGCUUCUCCAAGACUCUUGAAUUGAAAGUGAAAAGCAGAUGACAGCCCCUUUGGGUCACUAGUUUAAAAAAUGGUAAAAAGACUCACACACAGGAAGGAAAGUAUCAACUACAUACACGUGCUUUAUUGUUGAAGUAUAAACAUGUGUACAUACACAUGAUCAUAUAUGCACACAUGUGUGUGCACAUCUGCAUGAUGCUAAGGAGCAGUGGUCAUACUCCCAUGCUCGAUUGUUUCAUACAGUGAUUUUGUCUAACCAUGACCCUCAAGUGACUCUCCUUCUCCGUGGUUCCCAGAAGCCUCUUCCAUCUUACAAAGAAGGUGUUGUUUGAUAUGUCUGUGACUUCAAAAUCAACUCUGCUUGAACUCUAUCUUCCCGCUGUAGCAGCAACUUUUGAAUCAAAACUUGUUUCGAGAGAAAUCAAAAAUUUUUGGAAAAAGGGUUUAAUUUUGUGAAUGAUGUGUUAGAUAGUGGUGAAUUUGUAUUCAACAAUAUAUAGAUAUUUCAUUUGAUAUAUAAGAUGUACAAAAUGAGGAGUACGUUGGCCGGUUUUAAAGGAAAGAAUUUAGAGAAAAACCUAUGACAAGAUUGUAUAUUCCUUCUGCAAGAUUUGUUUUUCAAGCAAGAGUUGUUUUGAUGGUAUGGUGUCAAUAUGAAAGUCCUACAUGGUCACAAACUGGAUCAGGUCAUGACAAUUUUCCUCUUUGAAGGAAAGGUGUGUUCUUUACCUUAUAAAUAUUAUUUAUAUCUUAUACUGUUAGAUAGUGAUUAUACAUUGUACAUAUGAUUGUGUGCCUUGCAAUAAAACCAAAAUUGUACCUGAUAAAAAUUAUGAUGCUCUGCUGGUAAGUCAUUUGUUCUUCAGAGACUUCCAUGAAGCCUCACAGUCUCAA